AUGGCUCCUAGUCGGCGACGUGUCGGCCGCACGCUCCGUCGUUCUCGUCGUCGCACCGCCACUUACAGCAGCACAAGCACUCGCUCUACAUCUGGACUCGGACCAUUACAGGCCAUUGGUGAGAACACUAUCGUAGAGCUUACAGGAGACGACGAUGCACUGGUCAGCGACACACGCUUUGGUCUUCCGUCUAUGACGUUGGGAAUUUCGUCACCUAAGAAGAAGCAAAAAAACUUGCGAAAGAAGAAUAAGAAGACAAAGAAAAGACCACGAGAGUCGACGCUUUUCCGACGGGAGGAAGACCGCUUGCAGCAGCUGGAGAUGCUACUGGAUGAGCUGGAGACUCAAGGUCUCGACAAAAUGCAGGAGCAGUGUGACGAAAUAAUGGCAGAUGCUGAGAGACGUGCGCAGGAGCUUGAGGUAGAACUCAAGAUGCAGCUGCUUAUCAUGCCGGCGGCUGUGCGGCAGAUGCCCUGGAAAACCUUCGUAGAGGAUUUUGGUGGAGACUUAAACAAUGCCGUUUACAGUCUAUCCCAAUUGCAAACAUCUCCUUCGAGCAUUAGAUCCUCCAUGGCUCGUCAUGACAUUGUAGCUGCUAUGCCAUGCGUCGUUGCGGACCAUGAAAAAAGUGACGAGGAUGAGAAUGACGACACCGAUCACACCUCAAGGGAUCACCGUCUGUCGGUAUUUAUGACGCCCCUAAAUGGUCAUCGGACGGAGACAGUCCCGCGCACUGUUUUGCGGACAGCACGUAAGGGAGAAACCACCUAUUCAAUUCGAGGCUCCCCCAUCAUUCCCGACACUGUGGCAAAGGCGCCUGCUGGAUCAUUGGUUGCUACGUUUGAGAAGGGGUUAGAACCAACAACUUGCUUACGACUUGACAGUGAGCGUGUCCUUAACUUAGCCCGGCCAGAGGAACUCUCUGCGCAAUCGCGCGGAGAAGCCACAUCCAAAUUAAAAGCGCUUCAGGCCAAGAUCGCGCAACUAUUACAGCAGAUUAACCCUUGCGUUCAUUAA